ACAGCGGAGGUGAUCGCAUCACCAGAACUUCUUCUCUACGCCACUCCAACCACCCAUAAUGUUUGCAAGACGCGCAAUUCCUUCGGCCUUCCGAGCCGCCACCCGCGCCAGCACAGCUCGUACUACUCCCUCGGCACGAUUCCUCACACCGUUCCAAGCACGAUUGCUCUCCGAUGAAGUCCGGUCUGCGAUCGACAAGGCUGUCGCGUCAUCGCCUGUUGUCCUGUUCAUGAAGGGUACACCAGAGACACCGCAAUGCGGUUUCUCAAGAGCCAGCAUACAGAUUUUGGGCAUGCAAGGUGUAGAUCCGGAGAAGUUCACGGCCUUCAACGUGCUGGAAGACCAGGAUCUGAGGCAAGGUAUCAAAGAAUACUCCGAGUGGCCAACCAUACCGCAACUAUACGUUGACAAGGAGUUUGUCGGUGGCUGUGACAUCCUGAUGUCAAUGCAUCAAGAUGGAUCGCUCGCAAAGAUGCUGGAAGAGAAGGGUGUAGUUGUACCAGCCGAGGGACAGGCACCGUAAGAGGUAGAUAAUACAACAGCGAAAAUGAGAGGUGCUUGGACUUUAUGCCAUACCGUAUCGCUUUGGUUGCGAAUGUUCAGCCAGCUUCUGUCACCCGUGUAACAACGAUAUGUAUACAUACUAAGAACAAGAUACGCGUCAACUUUGAUGGUGGGAAUGUCUGGUGCAAUACAAAUAACACAGUGUUUGAGAG